AAAAAUUCUCCCAUAGUUUGCCAUCAGUCUCAGAAUAAAAUCCACAGUCCUGCUGUGGGCUCUAAGGUACUAGGUGAUCUGCGUCCUCCCCCCACCUCCUCUCAUCUCUGACUGUUGUCUCCCUUAGAACCUCCGCUCCAGUCUCACUGGCUCCUUGACCAUUCUGGUCCACAUCUGCUGUUCCCUCUGUCUGGGAUUCUCUUCCGUAGAUAUCUCAUGGCUCCCUUCCUAACUUCAAUCAGAUCUCAGCCCAAAGUUCACCCUAGUCACUCUUUUAUUGGUUCAUCCCAAAUAACAGGCACUGUUUUAUAAAGGUGCCGAACAUACACAAAACAAAGGCCUCUGCUCCUGUGAAGAGGACAGUACUUUCCACUGCAGCAGAGAUAACAACAAAAUAAACGUAAGACUUCAAGUAGCCCCGAGUGCUAUGAAGAAAACAAAAGCAAAAGAAAAAGCCAGACAAAGGGGGACUCUACAUUUGACACGGUGCUCAGGGAAGGCUUUCGCAUAAGAUCAUUUGGUUUUGCUCCACUGCUAACCAAUUGUGUAGUGAGACGGGUGAGAUUCUCAACCUCGCCUGUUUCCUGGUCUGUAAAAGUAGCUGAAGACUCGGUGGGAUGAUGUAAGUGGCAGGGUUGGUAAAUCUGAACUCCCUGUGGAAAUGUGAGUGACUUCCGAGUCCUGUGCAGGAAGGAGAGAACCAGGAGAGCAGCCGUGGGCUGAGAUCCGAGUUCCAGCUGGCAGCGACCUCCACCUGGCACUAGGGAAGACGGUUCUGGCUGCUGCAGAGGCUUCCAGGAGAGCCCGGGACGGAAGCGGAGAAAGAGGGCUUCCUCGUGGCAGAGCCGGAGAUCCGGACCGUCUCAAAGCCGGGGCAAAGACCAGCUCCGACGCCACCAAGUUACCCCGGGCUAGAGUCCUAGACAGAAACCCGGGUCACGUUUCUAUGCCCCGGGGAACAAGCCAAUCACGUCUCUAGGCGCACCAAUCGGCGCACGCUUACGGCGGAAACGAGCCGCCCUGGCCAGUGACAGAGGCCGUACGGCGGAAGCGCAGAGAUGCUCUCCUGGGAAGAUGGCAGCCUCGGUCUGGCCAAAGUUGAUUGGCAGGUUCUGUGACCAGAAGCUCUAGACUCCAGGCCCUGUCCCCUGAGCUCUGCCCUCGGAUGUCCCACCGUCCAGAGCCUGCAUGCGCCGUGGGGCGCUCCAGGACCAGGAGCUGGUGGGUCCGGGGGCUCCUGGGCGGGGGUCCCGGGGCGCCCCUUCUCCCUCGGGACCUGUUGUCCCGGUCCUCGUCUUUCCCCCGGAUCUAGUAUUCAGGGCGGACCAGCGGAGCGGACCCCGGCAGCUGCUGACCCUCUAUAACCCCACGGGAGCUGCGCUUCGCUUCCGAGUCCUGUGCACAGCACCUGCCAAAUACACAGUGUUUGACGCAGAAGGAUAUGUGAAGCCUCAGUCCUGCAUUGACAUUGUGAUUCGCCAUGUGGCCCCCAUUCCCAGCCACUAUGACGUCCAGGACCGCUUCCGCAUUGAGCUGUCUGAGGAGGGAGCUGAGGGCCGAGUGGUGGGGCGCAAGGACAUCACCUCGGUCCUGAGAGCCCCAGCCUACCCCCUUGAGCUUCAGGCACAGCCCGACCCAACACCCCACCCAGGGCCUCCUUCCUGGACAGCACCACCCACGGCCAGACACUUUUCGGAGAACCCCCGCCCACAACUGGCCACCAGCUCCUUCCUCCUGUUUGUGCUGACGGGCAUCGUCUCUGUGGCCUUCCUGCUGCUCCCGCUCCAGGACGAACUCGGCAGCCAGCUGCCCCAAAUCCUGCAUGUCUCCCUGGGACAAAAGUUGGUGGCAGCCUAUGUCUUGGGCCUCCUCACCAUGGUGUUCCUCCGCACCUGAGCUCGCUGCUCAACGUCCACCCCCUUCCCUGGUCAGGGACCGGACUUGCAACACCGUGCCCUCAUCCCUUGCUCAAUUCCUGCUCCCUUCUUCCUCCUUCCUGGCCACUCCCCCCACCCCACCCCCCUACCAGAAAUACCCAGGGAUUUGUAUUCAUUUUCCAAGUUGAAUAAAAUAAAUUUUUAAAGUUAAACUG